AGCUCGCAGUGGUAUUCAGGCAGUAGCCGUCUUUUAAGUCAGAGCAUUUUUUUCACCAAUAGAACACGUUGCAAAGGCAAGACAGAAAAAGGAACGAUAUUAUACGCUAGAUAAAGAAAGGAAGAUAGCGAAUCCUAUCUUGACGUUUUUUAAACGUUGAGUAUUGCGAAGAGGUUUUAUCCUCUAAAGGAAAAUACGAAAUAAAGACAGAGAAGAAAAGAAAAAGAAAAUUUCAUCCGAUCUGGAACGAAGACAUUUCUUUGACUCGUGGCGAAUCCAAAUCCCUUGAGUUUUAUCAAGAAAAGAGUUAUCUGGAAGAAGAAGAAAAAAAGAGAACAGGAAUCACGGUGCGUUAAGUGCCAACUACAACGCCCUGAUCGGAUACGAGCUAGGAGUGCUCGUUCAUAGUAAGAAAUAAGGAGUUGAGAAAGCGGAGAACGACAAUAUUCCUUACGCGGUAGUCAAGGAAGAAGGAAGGAAUUUAAGCUUCGUAGGAGACAUUACGACGAAACUGGUGUCCCCUUCGUUAGGGCAAUCCAUCUGUCUCGACGCUCAACGUCGUUACCACUCAUAUUUUCACGCUAGAAAGCGGCCGUCCAGCAGGGCGAUACCAUUUUAUAUGACUUUUCUUCGACGACAAGAAACAUCCAGGAUAUCAUCCAGAGAGAAAGGAUCGGUGUACAGGAAAGGCGGCGGUAGUAGGACAUUGUCCAAACGGUUUACAAACGGCAACACCAUCUCGUUCGUUCGGUGCAAUCCUUUGGUAGGAUCAAGCGGUGAAUCGAUCGCACCAACCUGGUUUCCAGGGAUUCUUAGAGGCACGAGAAACGGACAGGCAGCGUGUAUGAUCAUUGAAGAAUAUCCCCCUCUGCCCAUCAGACCGAGGCAAAAUUCGCAUCAAGAUACCACCCAUCGAUUUUUAAAUCAUCUGGUCCUGCCUAAACACAGGACCUCAAAAUUUUCCAGUAAUAGGCAUCGGAAGCUACAACCGUUCAGGGAAACGUGACUAUCGUCAGCGGGUAGAGCGGCAUACCUUACCGCGGACAACGAAAACCACCCUGACUCGACACGUUACGAGCUACCAUCGGGUAGCAAUUGCUUCUUGGCAACGUCGCUACACAGCAAUCAAACUGCCGCUGGGAAACGUGGGAAGAAGAUCUAGAAGAACAAGAACGAAGACGUUACCCACUUGAACUUGAGAGAGAGAGAGAGAGAGAGGAUCUAAAAGAUUAAUAAUCCAUCCGAGAGAAAGAGGGAAAGAGAGACAGAGAUUCUAAUACUGGGCCGUUUUUGAACGAUCUUAAAUAUCAAGGUUUUUAUUACGAUUCACCGUAACGUAUUUACAACGACGGCUCAUAGGAGGUUACUUUCAUUGGAGAGGCUUCUGAAGAUUUUGCCGAUCACAAGAAUAGAACAUCCAGCAAAAUGGGGAGCGUUAACGUUAAUCGUAACGUCAGCGAUGCGUUUUAUCGUUAUAAAAUGCCCCGAAUUCAAGCCAAAGUCGAGGGUAAAGGUAAUGGUAUAAAAACCGUCGUGGUCAACAUGGUCGACGUUGCCAAAGCUAUCGGAAGACCUGCUACUUAUCCGACCAAAUACUUUGGAUGCGAACUUGGGGCGCAAACUCAAUUCGAUUUUAAAAAUGAAAGAUUCAUAGUUAACGGCUCCCACGAUGCUACCAAAUUGCAAGAUCUAUUAGACGGAUUCAUAAGAAAAUAUGUCCUUUGUCCAGCUUGCGACAAUCCGGAAACUGAGUUGAUGGUCAGUUCCAAAAAAGGAACCAUCUCGCAAAGAUGCAAAGCCUGCGGUCAUCAUGGCUUGCUCGAGAGCAAUCAUAAGUUGAACACUUACAUCUUGAAAAAUCCGCCCAGCUUGAAUCCCGCGGUUCAAGGCAGCUCAUUAACCGAAGGUAAACGUAGAAAACGUUCUAAGGCUCGUGCUAAUGGGGAAACCGCUGCUACAACCAACGGAGAUCGAUCGGGAUCUCCAGAAAACGAGAACAACACUUCCGACAUCGUGGUCGAGGUUCCGGAAAAAAUUGCUGAUAACGAACACGACGAUGAUAAGUGGGCUGUUGAUGUGUCGGAGGAAGCGGUUAGAGCUCGCCUUCAAGAUCUGACCGAUGGGGCUAAAGGAAUGACCAUCAGCGAUGAUCUUGAUAAGACUGAAAAAGAAAGAAUGGAUAUGUUUUACAAACUAGUUAAAUGUCGUCGUGAUGCUGGACAAUUGGACAACCAUAAAGAAUUAAUUACAGAAGCUGAACGUUUAGAGAUCAAAACUAAAGCACCUUUAGUACUGGCAGAAUUACUUUUCGAUCAAUCAAUCGCUGCUCAAGCCAAAAAGUAUCGAGUUUUGUUACUUCGUUUUACCCACGAUGAUAUUAAAGCGCAGAAGUAUUUGAUCAGAGGAAUCGAGCAAGUAAUAGCUCUGCACAAAGAUGCUCUGAUGCCAAAAGUUCCUGGUAUUCUGAAGCUUUUCUAUGAUGCCGAUAUAUUAGAAGAGAAAGCCUUAUUAGAAUGGUCAAGCAAAGUUAGCAAAAAAUAUGUGUCGAAAGACUUGUCUCAAGAAAUACAUGAUAAAGCAGCACCGUUUUUAACGUGGCUAAAAGAAGCGGAAGAAGAAGAAUCAGAAUCUGAUGAAGAAGAUGAUGAUUUAGAAAUUGAAUACGAUGAUCGUGCAAAACAAUCCUUAAAACCUCAGCAAUCAGCACCUGCUUCGAAACCUGUUGGAAACGAUUCUGACGAAGAGGGUGACUUCGAUAUUGAUGCCAUUUAAGAGAAAAGAAGAAAAGAAAAAACAACGGAUAAGAUUAUACUUUUUGGUUGGAUAUGAAAGUGUAAGAAGAAAAAAAAGAGUAUAUGUCUGAUAUGAAUAAUCAUUUUCUGUAGGAUACAAAGAGUCGCGAUUCGAUGCAAUGUCAGAUCAUCCUGUAUAGAAUUUUCUUAAUUUAGGCCAAAGUUACAGGAGCAGUUACAAUGCCAUUAUAUAUACAUAUAUAUAUACAUAUAAAUAUCUAAAAAAAUUUUAUCUAUUUUAAAGUUUAACAUUUAUCUGUAUCAUCAUCACAGUUAUAUGCAUAUAUUUUUCUUUUUGGGGUUUUUUUUAAUCAUUUGAUUACGCAAUUAUUAUGUCAUUAAAGUCUAAUUAUUACUCCAAGAUAUGAGAUAUUGGAAUGCUCUUACAAUUGAAUAAUAAAAUAAAAUAUUUAUAGUUUUUAAUCAUUAUUGGAGAAGAAGAAGAAUGAAAAAAAAAGUUGGCCUGCUAAAAGCGUUCUCUAUUGUAUCGAUUUACUAUUCUGAUAAUAACCAUUCAAAUAAAUAUCGUUUAUUGUAA